AUGUGGCUUUCUUUAUUUCCUCCAUUCUCAUGUUUGAAAUCCCCCCUCUCUCCCCCUUUUAUUACAUUCUCUGUUUAUUAUUCUCCCUUUGUCUCCCUACAGCUAUCGUCAUCAUCGUCUCUCUGUUUCAUCAUUUUUACGUUCAUUUUUCUCUCUCAAUCUUUCUCCAUGUUCCUCACCUUCUCAAGGCUACUCCACCUUUUUAUUACUUACAUCUCAUAUUCUCUCUCUCUCUCUCUCUCUCUCUCUGUCUCUCUCUCUCUUUAUCAUUCUCUUUCUCUUAAUGUCUGGCUAUAUCUUUCUGUUUUGACAUGUUUUCCUUUUUCGUUCUGCUCUUCCCUCUCAUGUUUUUUUAUUCUUUCAUUCUUUUAUUCUCUUUUCCUCUCCAUUGGUUUAUCUUCAUCAUUCUGUUUCUUAGUCACUUUCUUUUAUGUCGUACAUUAUAAUACUUACUCUCUAUUUAGACAUCUUACACCCUCUCUCUCUCUCUUUUAUCUCUUUAAAUCUUCCCCUCUCGAUAUUUUACUUUUCGAUUACUUACUCCUUUCAAAUUUUACCCUCACUAUCCUUUUCUGUAUCGAUGUAUCUCUUCUUUAUCUUUUGGUUUGUUCAUCUCACUCAUUUAUUUCCUCUCUCUUUUAUAUGUCUUUCGAGUUAUUCCACACUCUUUUUCGAUUUCUCCUCUUCCUCUGUUUCUUACCCUUUUUUUCUUUUCUCGCUUUCUUCUUUUUUCUCUCCCUUUUGAUAUUACACCCUUUCUUUCUCUCCUUUUAUGCUCUAAUUUCUCCUGUAUCGACACGACUUUUCUCCUCUCCUUUAAUCUUCUCCCUUUCAAUAUCUAACCCCUCUCUCUCUAGUUUUACCCUUUCUAUCUUUUCUUCCAUCACUGUUUCUCAGGCGUUUUUCUUUCUCGUUUUCGAUAUCAUACUCUUUCUCUCUCUCUUUCUUUCUUUCUCUUCCUCUCUCUGUAUUAUUAUUCUUUCUUUCUUUCUUUCUUUCUUUCUUUCUUUCUUUCUUUAUUUCUUUCUUUCUUCAUCUUUUACUUUUUACUUUUCUUCCAUAACUUUCUUUCGCUCUUUUUCUUUCUUUCUUUUUCUUUCUUUCUUUCUUUCUUUCUUUCUUUCUUUCUUUCUUUCUUUCUUUCUUAAUCUUUUACUUUUUACUUUUCUCCCAUACCUUUCUUCCGCGCUUUUUCUUUCUUUCUUUCUCCAUCUUCCUUUCUUUUAUCGUUCUUUCUUUCUUUCUUUUUUCUUUCUUUUUUUCUUCCAUUAUAUUAUACAUUUUUAUUUUUCUCUAGCACCUUUCUUUUUCUUUCUUUCUUUCUUUCUUUCUUUCUUUCUUUCUUUCCCUAUUUUUCUCUGCGUAUCUCUUUCAUAUGCCAAAAGUCUCUCUCAAUUGCACUCCCCCACACACACACUCUCUCUCUCUUUUCAUCAUUAUCCACUGCCAAAUGAGGAGCUGAACUUCUGGUCUAUUCAUAUCUAUCUAUCUAUCUAUCUAUCUAUCUAUCUAUCUAUCUAUCUAUCUAUCAAUCCUAAACUAUUCAAAAAUAUUUUAGUCUGUCUCUCUCUCUCUCUCUCUCUCUCUAUCUAUCUAUCUAUCUAUCUAUCUAUCUAUCGCAUCUGUUCAUAUCUAUCUAUCUAUCUAUCUAUCUAUCUAUCUAUCUAUCUAUCUAUCUAUCUAUCUCUGUUCAAAUCUCUCUCUCUCUCUCUCUCUCUAUCUAUCUAUCUAUCUAUGUCAGUCUGUACAUAUCUAUCUAUCUAUCUAUCUAUCUAUCUAUCUAUCUAUCUUAAACUAUUUAUAUCUAUUUUUGUUCUUUUUUCAUCUAUCUAUCUAUCUAUCUAUCUAUCUAUCUAUCUAUCUAUCUAUCCUAAACUAUUCAAAAAUAUUUUAGUCUGUUCAAAUCUCUCUCUCUUUCUCUCUCUAUCUAUCUAUCUAUCUAUCUAUCUAUCUAUCUAUCUAUCUAUCUAUCGCAGUCUGUACAUAUCUAUCUCAGUCUGUUCAUAUCUAUCUAUCUAUCUAUCUAUCUAUCUAUCUAUCUAUCUAUCUAUCUAUCUAUCUAUCUAUCCUAAACUAAUUAUAUCUAUUUUUGUUCUUUUCUAUCUAUCUAUCUAUCUAUCUAUCUAUCUAUCUAUCUAUCUAUCUCAGUCUGUUCAUAUCUAUCUAUCUAUCUAUCUAUCUAUCUAUCUAUCUAUCUAUCUAUCUAUCUAUCUAUCCAAGACUAUUCAUAUCUAUCCUACUCUAUCCAUAUCUAUCAAUCAAUAUUUUUAUGCAAAUCGCCUGCAUACCGAUAGAAAACGAAUUCACUAA